UUUUUUGCUUCUUGUCAUUUUUCCUAUUAGGGUUCUUCAUGCAUUUUUUACCAUGUUUCAAUAAAUUCAAUAAGCAAUUACUCGUAUGAGAGAGAGAGGCUCUGACGGGUUGCCUUCACGGUGGUGGCCCCAAUCACGGCAGUGGCCCCAAUCACGGCGGUGGCCGGCGCAAGGUCAUGUCUGGCGGGCGAAUCGGUGGUUGCGAACGGAGAUUCAGUCCAAUGGCUACGAACCAAACAAUCGAGUGAGGCACCAGAGCUCCUGGAACACGCAACGGCAAAACUGGUUGCCACGAUGGAAGCAGGAGCACCAAACAUCACAGCGUGAGUGGCGGCCAUGGCUUGGGAGCGAUCGAGAGGAUCAGCACUAUCAGAGGAGUAUACCAGCGGACUCAGUAAAAAAAAAUAGCCAGCGCAAGACGGUAUCUCGUGUUGGUCAGGACGUGAAGACACAGGGCCAGUCUUUCUCAGUCUAUGUAGAUGGUUUGAGUGACAGGAUUACCUUGAUAAAAUUGAAAACAAUUUUCGGAAAGGCAGGGAGAGUGAAGGAUGUCUUCAUCCAAUUCAAGAGAAAAUUUCAGCGGCGUUUUCGGUACGGAUUUGUUCGGUUUCAGAACGAUGAAGAGGCUUGGCGGGCAAUUCGAACUCUGAAUGGCCUUCGAAUAGAUGGCAACUAUUUGGUGGUUAAAAGGGCAAACCCAAAACAAGCCACCACUAACUCCGUGCCCAGGAAAAUAUGGCGGCCUAAGAAAGAGCAGAAACAAGCAAUUCCGAUCAUAAAAAAGGAGACACUCAAGGAAGAAGUCAGUAUUCGUGAGGCUCCACGACAACCAGAUGUUGGGCAAUUGAGAUUUUUGCCUUCUGAUAUGGAUACUAUCUGGUACCAACGCUGUGCACGAGCUCGCACUCUUGAGGCGAAACCAGUCGAUGUAAUUCAGGACGAACUUGCUCGAAUUGGUAUGUACAACUUUCGCUUAAUACCAUUAGGUGCAGAGGAGCUUCUGUUAGAAUUUGAGAGCAAGGAGGAGAUGACAGAAACUCUCGAAGAGUGUAGUUUCUUCCUGGAACAGAAAUUAACGGAUUUACACCCCUGUACUUCGCUAACUUUUGGGGUUGCUCAUCUGGUGUGGAUUCGUCUGUGGCAAGUUCCGCUAGGUUUAUGGUCGGAUUCCUUUUUUACAGCUAUUGGAAAUAGGCUGGGCAAAUUUGUGGAAGUGGAUGUCGCAACUAAACAGCGCCAUCGGGCGGAUUUUGCUCGCAUUCUUGUUCGUAUGCAUCAUCCGCUUCUUCACUGUUUUUCAAUGUCAGUAGAUAUGGAGGGAACAACAUGUGUGAUUCUAGUAGAGAAAGAUGUCUAUGCUUAUGAUUAUGGAAAGAUGGAAACCAUGCCGUCGACUCCGGUAAAGCUAUACAACUCGGAGGAUGCUACUGACUUCGGCGAUUAUUCGGAAAAUGAUAAUGACAUAUUCAGUCAGGAGGUACAUGAACCAGUCUUGCGUUUGGAUGAAAAGUUUGAUGCUGUUGCUGAUGUUGAUUCAGGAGAAGAGGAUAAGGUUUUCAGGAAUGAUACAAUGGAAGGGCUCCAAAAUAGGGUGGACGUGGAAGGAAUUUAUCCAGGAACGAACUCAGUUUUGCAUUCCGGUGAUUGUGGUGAUUGUGAAGCACAGCUACAGGACACGCACGCAGCGGCAGCGGCAGCCUUAGUCUGCCCGUCCUUGCACCAGGAGGGGGUGCAACAAAAAAAUUCAAAUUUUACUGCAUUGAAUGGAGCUUUCAACGCAGGGAAGGAAGUUUUGGAGCAGUAACAGGUUCUGAAAGAAACUGGCUAUACGGUGGAGGAAAUUGAGGAAUGGAGGAGAAAUACAAGAACAGAAGCAAAUAUGUUAUUCAAAAAACAAAUCUUUCCUUUUGUUUUCAAAUCUCCUGAUUUUAUUUCAAAUAAAUUCUAUUCUGUUACAGGUUUUUCAUUCAAUUCACAGGAUAUUCCUCAAAAAUAUAGUUGGCCUCUUUACUCAACUUUCUGGGACCCACUUCAAGUUCAACAAUUGCAAAGGCCCUGUUUGCCUCAAGGAAUUCACAAUAAAUUUGAUUUAUUGAGGUUUGCAACUUAUCUACCAGCACCGUUUGGUUCUGUUUUUAACGUGACAGAAGCUGCAAGUCAAGAACAAUACGUUCGAACUUCUCCUCAUCAAAUAAUACGGCAGAAUUCCACUGGCAACGUUCCACUCCCUCAAAGAUGCGACACACAACAUCAAUCUUCUUCUCCUCUCCAGGAACCUCAGUCUUCGUUCAAAGAAGUAGAACUAUCGCUGGCUGACUUAACUACACCAACGCCUCACAAUUCCCCAAACACAAAUUCCUCUAAGAAAAGCUCACAGAGGGGACGGCCUAAGGGUAGCAAAAAUAAACCUAUAGCGUUGCCGAUUGAUUUUUUAGAACCAGUUACAGGUGAGGAUGGCGUCACAACACGCGCGCAGCGAGCUUGGUUGCUUGGUCAGGAGCUAGGAUUAAAACCGCGCGGUUCAGAAGCACUAAUGUUGAGAGGUUUGGAAGCCCAAAUCCGUGAAAAUCACCCACACCUCAAUUGAGAUGUCGGGACCUUGGUUCACAUGGAAUGUUCGUAGGCUAGGUGGAACAACAAAGAGGGAGAUUGUGAAAAAAGCAAUUCAACAGCUGAAGCCAGAAUUUUCAUGCUGGCGUUGAUGCUGUUGUUUUUACUGCUGAUUGGAAUCGCUGUUUUUCUGUUGUCGCUGGUGCUGUCUUUGCUGUUGCUGAUAUGUGUUUGAUGCUGGUGCUGGUGCUGGUGCUGUCAUUGCUGGUUGCUGAUGCUGUCAUUGCUGGUGCUGAUAUACGCUGCUGCUGUCAUUGCUUUGCUGUUAUGUGAUGUUGCUGUUAUGUGUUGUUGCUGUUGUUACUCGAAAUGGAGGCUGUUUUUGCUGUUGUUGGUUGCUGUUUUGCCUUUUAGCUGUUGCUGAUUUGACAGAUUUAUGUUGUUGUUUGCUGUUUUGUACUUUGCUACAUGGAAUAGUGUGUUGUUCAUGUUAUAAAAUUUGGGCUACUGAAAUAGGAAAA